ACCCCCCUGGACCCCCCCUCCCCCGGGCCACGCCCCCCCCGCGAUGGCGCCGCUGCCGCUGCUGCUGCUGCUGCUGCUUCUGGGGCUGCUGCCGCCUCGCCCCGCGCUGCGGCCCGAGCAGCUGCGGGUGCUGACGGUGGCGACGGAGCCCACGGAGGGCUACGAGAGGUUCCUGCGCUCCGCACGGCGCUUCAACUACACCGUCCAGACGCUGGGCCUGGGGCAGCGCUGGCGGGGGGGCGAUGUGGCGCACACGGUGGGGGGAGGACAGAAGGUUCGAUGGCUGAAGGAGGCGCUGGGGGGGCUGCGGGGGGACCCCCACCUCGUCCUCCUCUUCGUCGAUAGCUACGAUGUGAUCUUCGCGGGGGGACCCCAGGAGCUGUUGGCCAAGUUCGAGGCGGGGGGGGCGCGGGUGCUCUUCUCGGCGGAGGCGUUCUGCUGGCCCGACGGGGGGCUGGCGGGAGCGUACCCCCCCCCAGCGGCGGGGGGCAAGGCCUUCCUCAACUCGGGGGGCUUUAUGGGUUUCGCCCCCGACAUUUGGCGCUUGGUUGAGCGCUGGCGCUUCCGCGACGAUGAUGACGAUCAGCUCUUCUACACCCGCCUCUACCUCGAUCCCCAGCUCAGGGAGGAGCUGGGUAUGGCGCUCGACCAUCACUCCCGCAUCUUCCAGAACCUCAACGGCGCCAUCGAUGAGGUGGUGCUCAAGUUCGAGCCGGGAAGGGUUCGGGUUCGAAACGUCGCCUACGACUCUCUCCCUGUCAUCAUCCACGGCAAUGGCCCCACCAAGUUGCAUCUUAAUUAUCUCGGUAAUUAUGUACCGGGGGGUUGGAACGAGGGCGGCUGCGACGACUGCGACGUCGACCUUCGUCCUCUCGACGGCGUCCCGGACGAGGAGCUGCCGUGGGUGCUGGUUGGGGUGUUUGUGGAGCAGCCGACGCCGUUUUUGUCGCGGUUCCUGCAGCGGCUGCUGACCCUGCGCUACCCCCGCGCCCGCUUGGGGCUCUUCCUGCACAACCGAGAGGUGAUCCACGAGCCCCACAUUGCUGCGCUGUGGCCGCAACUUCGUUCCUGUUUCGCCUCCGCGCGACUUGUGGGGCCCGAGGAGGCGCUGGAGCCCGCGGCUGCGCGGGACAUGGGCAUGGAGCUGUGCCGGCGCGACCCCCACUGCGAGCACUACCUCAGCCUGGACGCCGACGUCGUCCUGACCCACAACGACACCCUGAGGGCCCUCCUCACCCAGAACAGGCGGGUGUUGGCGCCCCUCCUCUCGCGUCCCGGACGCCUUUGGUCCAACUUUUGGGGGGCCCUCAGCCCCGAUGGGUUCUACGCCCGAAGCCCCGACUACGUCGACAUCGUCCAGGGCCGGCGGAGGGCGGUGUGGAAUGUGCCCCACGUGGCCGGGGCGUACCUGGUGGGGGGAGGGGCGCUGCGGGGGCCCUUCGGGGCGGGGCGAGUGUUCGCCCCUCCCCCCCCUGACCCCGACCUGGCGCUGUGCCAACGGGCGCGGGAACAGGGGCUGUUCCUCCACGUCACCAACCGCCAGGACUUCGGGCGCCUCCUGCACCCGGGCGGCUUCAACGCCUCCCUGAGACACCCGGAUGUGGCGCAGCUGCCCCACAACCCCCUGGACUGGGAAGAGCAGUACCUGCAUGAGAACUACAGCCGCAUCUUCGAGGAGAACCUCAUCCAGGAGCCCUGCCCGGACGUUUUCCUCUUCCCGCUCUUCUCGGAGCUCUUCGCCCACCACAUCCUCGAGGAGGCCCUCGGCUAUGGCCGCUGGAGCAGCGACCACCACGAGGGCGGGGCCGAGGCGGUGGCCCUGGGCUCGCUGGGGUUGGAGCCGUCCUGGCUGGGGGCACUGCGGCAGUUCCUGCCCCCCAUCGCCCGCAGGCUCUUCCCCGGCUACCACUGCAAGGGCCGCGCGGUGCUGAGCGCUGUGGUUCGGUACCGCCCCUCCCCCCCCGCGCGGCCCCGGACGGAUCCGCCCCUCCCCCCUCCCGCCACCAUCAGCCUCAGCGUCGGCCUCGGGCCCGCGCGGGGCGGCGGGUGGCUGUUCCCGCGCUACGGGUGUCGCGCGAGCGCCCCCGGGCCGGGAUGGGCUCUGCUGCACCCCGGGCGCCUCACGCACCGCACCGAGACCGAACCGCCCCGCGGGGACGUCCGCUACAGCCUCCUCACCCUGCUCGACCCCUGAGAGCGCGAUAGGAGCCUCCAUAUCGCGAUAGGAGCCUCGAUGUCACAAUAGGGGCCCUGAUACCACAAUAGGAGCCUCGAUAUCAUUAUAGAGGCCCCGGGCAUCGACCCCAACAUCACGAUAGGGGCCUCGAUAUCGUGACCAGGAGCCCUGAUAUCACAACAGGCACCUCGAGAUCACAAUAGGGACCCGGAUAUCAAUCCCAACACCACAACAAGGACCCCAGCGUCAACCCUAAUGUUGCGAUAAGAGACCCUGAUAUCGCAAUAGGGAGUUGAUAUCAUGAUAAGGACCUCAAGAUUGCAACAGGGACCCCAACGAAACAGCAAGGACCCGACAUCGCAAUAUGGACCCUGAUAUUGUGAUAGGGACCUCAAUAUCGUGAUGGGGACCCCAAUAUCGACUCCCGACAUUGUGACAAGGACCUCAACAUUGAUCCCGGCAUCACCAUAGGGACCCCGGUACCACGAUAUGGCCCUCAACAUCAACCCCUAUAUCACAACAAGGACCCCCGACAUGAUGAUGGGGACCCAGAUAUCAUGAUAUGGAUCCCUUGAUAUUGCAAGAUGGGCCCCAACGUUGUCCCUGACAUCACAAUAAGAACCUUGAUAUCACGACUGGGACCCCAGCAUCGACCCCAAUGUCGCAACAGGGACUUCAGUAUCAUGAUAGGGACUUGGAACAUCGACCCUGAUAUCAUGACAGGGACCUUGAUAUUGCAAUAUCGAGCUGUCCCCCCCUCAUCGCAACAGGGCCCCCAAUACAGGCCCUGAUAUUGCAACAGGGACUUCGAUAUCACAAUAGAGACCUGGCUAUCCCGACAAGGACCUCGACAGCGCGAUAUUUGGGGCUGCGAUGGCGCGGAGGCACCAGGCGGGGGCGCCCGAGGCCGCGAUAUCGGAGGGCGGGGAGCCUCGAUAUCGCGAUAGAGGGACGCAGGGAGGGGGGAAUUUGGGUUCCCCCAUUCAAGUACAUUAAAUCAGUGGUGUCGCUCCCACUGACUUCA